AUGGAAUCCCAAAGCAGAGCUGGCGAGCUUGCAGUGGAUCGACUCAACGAACCUUCACACCACAGUCCGUUCCAGCCUCCAGCGUCUGGCAUAGCUUCACCACUUCUACCCAUCGAUCAGACGGCAGCAGCCCAUCAUCCGUCAGAGGCCGCUCAGGGCGAACCUACCUUACAACAAACUCCAAAUCAUUCUUUGAAGACGCCGGUUCCAGAUGGCUCAACAGCUAGCCGCCUCUUCCACCCCGAAGCUUCUGUCGUCUUGGUUGGGAUCAGGGCAUCUGGAAAGCGAUCUCUGGGUUUAAUUGCAGCCACCGCCCUCGGGCGACGAUUCGUGACUGAAGACCACUAUUUCCAGACCGUCAAUGGUAUGUCGAGACAAGACUAUCUCAAAAUCCAUGGCAGUGAGCAGUUCCAUCGACAAGAUAUCGAGACUUCUAAGCGCAUGCUGGAGGAUAAUAAAUCUCGAUGUGUCAUCGACUGCGGCCUCGGAAGCCUCACAAGUGGGCUCCAAGAAUAUCUGAGACGGUUCAGCCAGACCAACCCGGUUGUAUUCGUGUUGAGGGACAUGGAGCAGAUCAAGGCAACCCUCAACCUUGACGAUCGAGCUACUAAGCUGCUCGAUCAGGGCAACUCGACCCAUCGAAAAUGCUCCAAUUUCGAGUUCUACAACCUCGAAGAUGAUUCUAUGAGUGGCUCUGCGGAUGUGGACAUGGCAGCAGACCGCGCGUCGCCAAACUACUCCUUUAAACUCAGAAAUGCUCAAGCCGAUUUUUCAUCGUUUGUUCGAUUCAUCACCGGUUGUUCCUUGCCAGAUCCGACUGUGCUAUCCCCGUUCUCACUAGACGGACCGGUGGAAUCGCGGACUUAUACCCAUGCACUGCUCAUAAAAUCCUCCGACUUCACUGAGGGACGGGUGGACUUUGGCGCUCUGGAAGCUGCUGGCGAUGUAUUGGAGAUCUUUGUUGACCAGUGGCAGUCAGAUACCACGAGGAUGCUAAGCAAGAUGGUGGCAGCCGCUAGGAGAGUCUUGACCAUACCUAUUCUUCUGUCUGCCAGUCGUGGACUUUCCGCAUCCCACACGACGGAGAACUAUGUGGCAGUUCUAUUGCAGGGACUUCGACUCGGAGUUCAGUACAUCUCUGUGGACCUUGACCUGGACCCCAGCCACAUAGACCAUCUCGGACUCGUCAAGGGCCAUACCAAGCUGAUCGGCAACUAUAGCUACUACUCCUCCAAGGACAAGAACUGGAUGGAUCCAAAUUUGCAAAAUGUGUACACUAGGGCGCUCGACUUCAAGUUUGAUAUGGUUCGAAUUCUCGAAGUUCCGACGUCACGCCAGGAGAAUGACGCGGCGAUUUGGUUUGCUGAACAUUUGAAGCAACUUCCCGGGCCUCGACUUGUUACAAUAAUCUACAACGUCGGAUUUCUGGGUCGAACUUCACAAAUCCUGAACCCUGUGUUGACAGCCGUUACUCACCCGAGUCUUCCCAAUGCCGAAAAGCAACCCUUCUGGCCUCAACUGUCCUCCAAACAGAUCAUCAGUGCUCUGUUUGACAGCUUUGUCUUCGACCCUCUUCAAUUCUAUGUGGUUGGAGCCAACGUCUUGGGAUCUUUGUCGCCAGCAAUGCACAAUGCAGGCUACAGCUUACUUGGCCUGAAACAUCGGUAUAGCACCAAAACAAUCAUGACUCGGGCGGAUAUUGAUUUGCUUGCGAAGGAUGACGCUUUGGGUGGUCUGAGUGUGGUGCAGCCAUACAAAGUCAAGCUACUUCCUCACAUGCAUGCAUUGAGCGGGCACGCCAAAGCCAUAGGGGCGCUCAACACCCUAAUUCCUCUCCGGCAACAACCCGAAGGGCCUCAAGGGGUCGUACCAUCGCUAGAUAUACAGGCCCAGCUGAGAAAUCGGGCGGGCAGAAUCGUGGGUUGGUUUGGGGAUAACACUGAUUUUAUCAGCAUAAUGAUCUGUGUCAGCAGAAGCCUGUCUCCACGCAAUGCCAUCCAGCCAAAGACCACCUGCUUGAUCAUUGGCGCUGGAGGCAUGGCGAGAGCUGCCGUUUAUGCUAUGCUGCAAUUGGGCUGCAAGCACAUAUUUGUAUACAACAGGACUGUCUCCAACACACAAGCUUUAGCUCGCCACUUUAACGACUGGACCCGGUCUCAGACAGACAGGAUUACCUCACCAACUGCCCCAGAGCCAGUACAAGUCGUUGAACACAUCACCGAUCCUUGGCCGACAGGAUUUGCGCCUCCGACGAUCGUGGUGUCGUGUGUCACUCAGGAGGUCCUGGACGGGAAGCCAGGCGCCAACUUUGAGAUGCCAGAGCAGUGGCUGGCGUCGCCCAGUGGCGGAGUCGUCGUCGAAAUGGCUUACAUGACAAGGGAGACGCCACUGACGAAGCAAAUCAAGCGGUUCCGAGAUUCGACCCAGAGACCCUGGGUGCUGGUUGACGGCAUCGAAGCCCUGAUCGAGCAGGCUGUCGGCCAAUUCGAAUUGAUGACCGGGCGGAAAGCGCCCAAGCGGUGCAUGGCGGAGGCUGCGCGAGCCGCCAUUCGGAAUAAUACAGCGACAUAUCGGUAUGGUGAGGAGGAGGGGGACGGGGACGAGGACGAGCAGGAACCGCAACUAUAA